AUCAGACUUAUAGCCUUAAAUAUUCCACAGCGUGUUACGUAUCUAACAUUUCAUGCUUCAGCUGAGGGGAGAUUGUGAAAUAGCUGAACUUGUGAAGGACGCUGUGAUUUAUUGAGAAGCCCCUGUAAUGUAAAACAGGAGGCUUGAACCCUGCAGAGGUCAGCGAGGAACAGUGCAGCGGAUGAGAUCUCUGAGAGAGCGAGAGGGAAAAAACUCAUUAUGAGGUAAAGAAAACACUUGAGUUAAUUUCAUGGACUAGUUCAGCGCCAGAACAGGUGACAGAAGGGGAGCUGUCCAAUAUGCACGCGUGGAGUGGCCCCCAUCAACUCCCUCCGUGUGAAUGAAAUAAAUAAACAAUGACUGGUCCACUCUCCUCGCUCACAGCAUCCCAUCUCAUGCAUGGCUGCCAGUGAUGGUCUGCUGGGUGUCAGCUGUUAUUGGCACGGCACAAAGCAAGUGCCAAGGGUUCGGUGGGCUCGACUCCCCGCCGCAGAGCGUGGAUAAAAGCAGAGCAAAAUGCCUCAGCCGAGCUCAGAGGCAUAGACAUGUUGGGCUGGAACGAGGAAGUGCAGUGGAGAGGGGAGGGACUCCGGGCGCAGCUCCAUGGGGCCGCCGCGGCGCUGCGACCUUCUGCACAUGGAGCCGGGGAGAGUUGGAAGAACUUCAUUCUGCAAACUCAAGGAAUAGCAGAGUACCUGCACCGCAUGGAGACCGAGGAGGCCCAAGACAUGGCCCAGAUGCCAGGCAGGGAGAGCCCCCCUGCCAACGAAGCGUCUGAGGAGGCGGAGGAGCCCAUGGCCGUCCCCGAGGAUCUGUCCGCCAGUUCUGGCCACCAGCAGAACAACCGGGGGGACAAAGCCUGUAACAUUAAAGUUGAGGCUCGCAGUGAUGAGGAGAGUGGGCUGGCCUGUGACAUGAAUGGCGUGGAGGAGGAGGAGUGCGCGGAAGACUUGCGCGUGGUCGAUCCCUCCGGGGCCAAGGUGAACGGCUCACAGCCGAGCGCCGAAGCCAAGGCCUUCUCCUCGGCUGGCGGUAUCCGGCUGCCCAACGGGAAGCUCAAGUGCGAUAUCUGUGGGAUAGUUUGCAUUGGCCCCAAUGUGUUGAUGGUGCACAAGCGAAGCCACACCGGCGAACGCCCGUUCCAGUGCAGCCAGUGCGGCGCCUCGUUCACCCAGAAGGGUAACCUGCUGCGUCACAUCAAGCUCCAUUCAGGGGAGAAACCCUUCAAGUGCCACCUGUGCAGCUACGCCUGUCGCAGGAGGGAUGCCCUCACAGGCCACCUGCGCACCCACUCAGUUGGAAAACCGCACAAGUGUGCCUACUGUGGCCGGAGUUACAAGCAGCGCAGCUCCCUGGAGGAGCACAAGGAGAGGUGCCACAACUACCUGCAGUGCAUGGGACUGCAAAACAGCAUCUACACAGUAGUAAAGGAAGAAAGCAGCCAGAAUGAGCAGAGGGAAGACUUAAGCCAGACGGGAUCUGACAGAGCCUUGGUGCUAGACAGACUAGCUAAUAAUGUAGCUAAGCGUAAGAGCACUAUGCCCCAGAAGUUUGUGGGAGACAAACGUCUGUCGGAUCUCUCGUACGACGGAGGAUCGGGAGAGCUCAUCCAGCCCCACGUCAUCGACCAGGCAAUCAACAGCGCCAUAAGCUACUUAGGGGCCGAGUCUCUCCGACCUCUGGUCCAGACCUCCCCGGCUUCCUCCGAUGUCGGCCUCGGCUCCAUGUACUCCCUUCACAAGACGGCCGCCGACGGCCACGUGGGCUCGGGCCUGUCGGCCAAAGACAGCGCCGCCGAGAACCUGCUGCUGCUGUCCAAGUCGGCCCCCAGCGACAAGGACGGCUCGCCCAGCCACAGCGGCCAGGACUCCACCGACACCGAGAGCAACAACGAGGACCGGACGGGCGCCGCCACGGGCCUCAUCUACCUGACCAACCACAUCACCUCGGGGGUGAGGAACGGCGUGCUGCCGCUGGUGAAGGAGGAGCAGCAGAGGCAGUACGACGCCAUCAGGGCCGGCAUGGAGAUGGCGUCCGAGGGCUUCAAGGUGGUGACGUCGGACGGGGAGCAGGUGAGGGCGUACCGCUGCGAACACUGCCGCGUGCUCUUCCUGGACCACGUCAUGUACACCAUCCACAUGGGCUGCCACGGCUUCAGAGACCCCUUCGAGUGCAACCUGUGCGGCCACCGGAGUCAAGACCGCUACGAGUUCUCGUCCCACAUUACCCGGGGGGAGCACCGCUACUGAGCCGUUUAGCACAGAAAACACACACAAGCAGACAAAUCCCUGGAACGAAUGCCGCAAAAACAACAACAACACAUGAUUCUGCAAUAAAUAGUGUAGAAAUACAUGAUGUAAAAUACACUCCUGCUGUUUGGAGAUUUUUUUUUUUUUUUUUAAAAACCUUGUUGCAUGUUUGUUGAUAUAUGGAUUACUAUUACAACUUCCUUUUUUUUUAUUAUUUUAGAUAAAAUGUUUCAGAAAACAUGAACUGUUGUAGAAAAUGCAGCCAAAAAUAAGAAAGGACCGUUUUUAUAUUAAAAUCAACAAGAAAAAAAAAGACUUGCACCCAAAAAAAAAAAAAAGAUUCAGUGCAAGCAAAACACUGCUAACACUGGACUUAAACACAAUCAAUGAAACCUGACAAGGUGAGCCCAGAGUCCUGUAAAAACGUCUCCAUCUGUCACCUUUAGCUUGUCUUUGUGGUAUUAUUUAUGAAACAUUUACAUGCUUGUCUAUUUUUUUUUUUUUUUAUAUUUAUUACAGUGAUGGAUGUUUUGUGUUGUAGAGUAGCAUCUUUUUUCUGUUCAGCUGUACUAAAAAUGUGUGUGAGAGGAAUCUGCGUCUGCUGCUGGAGGCUGUUCACGUAAAGGAUCGAAAUCUGCUGUACUGGAAACUAAAAAUAAAGUUACCAUCGUUUCAAGAGAGAGUUAUGCUUUCAAGAUGUCAAUAAAGGAUAUUUUAUAUAUGCGCAAA